AUGGUCACCACCGCCGCGACGUCGGGUUACCGCGGUCGCGGUUCGCGGAAGUCCAACGGUCGUCGUCCGGCGGCGGAGGUCUUGAUGGCUGUAUCCGUGCUGGCACUCGGCCUAUUGUCGCUGGUCGGGCCGACGGUCGACGGCCGGCGAGCCGACAAGCGCAGACACCACUGGAAGGUGAACGUGAUCAAAAACCAUUUGAAAAAUCACAAGAGUCUCGAGGGAAUGGUGCGGCUGGUCGACGGCGAAUCCGAAUACGAAGGCAACGUGGAGAUCAUGCACCUGGGGAAAUGGGGCGCCAUCUGCGAUGACGAAUGGGACUCAAGAGAAGGCCAAGUGGUGUGCAGACAAUUGGGCUACAACGGCACGUCUAGGGUCACUCACGGUUCGCACUUCGGACAAACGGCCAGAAAGUACUGGAUGGACAACACACAGUGCGGCGGCCAAGAGCUGGAAAUUUCCGAGUGCAGGUUCGACAGUUGGGGUGAGAACGACUGCGACCCUUCCGAAGCGGCGGGCGUGGUGUGCGAAUCUCCUGAACCGGAAAAGCCCAAAAUAUACUCUGUUCCUGCGGUGUCGGUCCCGACAAAAAAAGUCGUCCAAAAGUACAGGAUCAAAGAUACUUCGGGAUCGGACAUCGAAUUGCGACUUGUCGGAGGCAGGACAUCGGACGAAGGCAGAGUGGAAGCCAAGACCAAUGACG